CCCUCGCGCCGAUUCAUCUGCGCAACCGAAACAAAAAACAACAACAAAUCCGUCGUCGCAAGUCCCGUUUUUCUGCUCAGCUGUUUUAAAAAAGUCGUGUUUUUGUGAAUUUCUGCUCGAACACUCGCCUGCAAAAUGGUCGAAUCGGUGGCGGACGAGUGCAAAAACCCGUCGGACGAUGGGCCGCAGAACGUGCUGGACACGUUUGCUUCGGGCGAUUUGAGCAGGAUCUGGGAAAUUAUCCGGGGGCUGGAGGCGGCUGAGUUGACGGAGGACCGGUUCGAGGAGGCCUACGAGGAGUACACGGAACUGCUGGCCAAGUACCAGGAGCAGCCGCACCUGCUGGAUGGAAGUUUGGAGGAGCUGGUCGAGGGGAUUUUGAGGUACAUUUUGGAGGGUGAGCGGGACAAGUUGAUGAAGCACCGGGCGGCUAAGUAUCUGUACCAGAUUUGCAAGGUGCGGACUUUUAAGGCUUUUCAGAAGCACUUGCCGCACGAGAUUCGGCAUCUGAGCUUUGUGCUGGGGUACUUGGAGCAGCAGGAUCUGGAGGAUUGGGAGAACUGGGAGACGCGGUUCAUUUGCCUGUUGUGGCUUUCGCUGCUGGUGUUGAAUCCGUUCGAUUUGAGCCGGCUAGAUGGGAACGAGGGUGGUCCUACGACGAUGGACCGGAUUUACCGGGUGUGCAAGGAGAGUUGUUUGAAGGAGGACAGCUGCACGCCAAUUGCGGCCUUUUUGGGGUCGAAUUUCCUCAUCCGGAACGACGUGAAAAAGGUUUAUUUGGGGGAUUUCUUUGACUGGACCAUUUCCGCUUCGGAUAUUGUGGUUGAUCCGAAGAUUGGACCGCUGUCGGGAAUCGCGUGCGUUUUGAAGCACGGCAAACGUGACGAUUUGCUUCCGUUUGUGGGGAAACUGGCCGAGUGGGUGCUCCACCUGGAUUACGAAAAGAUCUGCAAGAAUUUCAAAGUCUACAAGCAGUGCAUCAAAAUUUGCCAACGGAUUGGUUUGGUUUUACUCCCGCCGCGGAUUGCCAAGUGGCGCUAUCAACGGGGAGCCCGCUCUCUGCUGGCCAACGUCCAGCGAACCGUUACGACGGCCUCAUUGCAAGCAGACUCUUCAACAAAACCGGAAGAAUCGUCUCCGGACGAGGCCGAGGACGAUGAAGACGACGAAGUCCCGGCGGAGAUUGAAGAAAUCAUCGAGCGACUCCUGCUCGGUCUCAAAGUCAACGCCACCAUCGUGCGGUGGAGCUCGGCCAAGGGCAUUGGCCGCAUCACGAACCGGCUCCCAAAAGCCCUUGGCGACGAAGUCGUCUCCUCCGUUAUCGAACUGAUCAACCCGCUCGAACAGGACGACGCCUGGCACGGUGCCUGUCUCGCCCUAGCCGAAUUGGCCAAACGAGGUCUGCUGCUGCCCUCGCGCCUUCCCGAGAUCGUCCCUCUACUUCUUCAAGCCCUAGUCUACGACGAAAUCCAGGGCUACCGUGCCGUUGGCCAGAACAUUCGCGAUGCCGCCUGCUACAUGAGCUGGGCCUUUGCCCGGGCCUACCAUCCGACCGUCCUGGCCCCGUUUGUGGAGCGAAUCGCUGCGGCACUGCUCGUUACGGCCGUGUUCGAUCGCGAAAUCAACUGCCGCCGGGCGGCUUCGGCAGCGUUCCAGGAAAGCGUAGGCCGGCUGGGAAAUUUCCCCCACGGCAUCGACAUCCUGACCACGGCCGAUUUCUUCUCGGUGGCCGUCAGGAGCAACGCGUUUCUGCAGAUUAGCGACUUUAUCGCGCAGUUUGACGAAUAUCGCCGGAAGCUGAUUGACCAUCUCAUCGCGAAGAAGAUCAACCACUGGGACACCAACAUCCGCGAGUUGUCGGCGCAAGCGCUGAGCAACCUGUCCCGGCGAGAUCCCGAGUACAUGCGCGACACCAUUCUGCCCAAGCUGUUCAACUUGACGGAGACGACCGACCUGAACGCGCGCCACGGAGCCACGUUGGCCAUCGGGGAGAUCAUUUUGGCGCUGCAGAAGCUCGUUGAGGAAAAGGGAGACGGCGAGCACGGCGGUUAUCUGUCCGAGGAGAUUGUCGAGCGAGGUGGCCAGCUGGUGAUCAAGUUUCGCCAGCGGGGACAGUUCAAGGGCAUGAGCGGAACGUACAUGAAGCACGGAUGCGCCAGCUUUAUCAAGAAUUGUAGCGAGGCGAAGCUGACGCUGACGGUGGAGCAAAUUGAAUCCUGGCAACUCCUGCUGGACGAGUCUAUCGUGGACGAGAAGACCAACACACGAGAGCUGGCGGUGUCCGCAUUUGCUUCUUUCUGCACCACGUACUAUCGAGCGGAAGAUCCGGCCAAGCUGGCAGCCCUGAUCGAUCACUACCUGCGGGACAUCCGCAACACCCAGAUCGAACACAAAGCCCAAGGCGUCGCGUCCGCGCUGGGAGUUCUUCCGCGGUUCAUGCUUGAGCACCGGCUGCCGCAGAUCUUGGACGUGCUCGACGAGAAAACGGUCCUUCCGGAGUUGCUCGCUGUCGGGUACAACCACUCCGAGAUGCGACGGGACUGUAUCAAGGCACUGGCCAACAUCGUGCAAACGGUUGGCUUCGAGGACGCUACGCUGGAUUUGGACAAGGUCUACGCGAUCUACUUGCGAGCGCUGGAAGAGUACGCCAUAGACAACCGCGGGGACAUCGGAUCGUGGGUUCGCGAGGCAGGAAUCUGCGCCCUGCAUCAGUUUUUGACCACGUGUCCACCAGGGCUGUUGAAGCCGGACCAGGUGCAGCGCGGUAUGGUCGCGAUUGCGAAGCAGUCCGUUGAGCGAAUCGACAAGAUCCGUGCGAUUGCUGGAAGGUUCUUCGCCUCGUUGAUCUACCACCAGCCGGAUAUUCCCCACAUUACGAAUCGCGACGCUUUGAAGAAGAUCUUCCCCGAAGACACCACCGAAAUUCUGUGGCUAUUCCCGCAUCACACAUUCCCUCUGUUUAUCCAGCUGCUGGACAUUCCCGAGUACGUUCCCAGCAUCACCGGUGGUCUCAUCCUGUCCGUCGGCGCCCCGACCGAAUCUCUGCACAGCUGCGCCGCCAAGAUCAUGAACGAAUAUCUCAAAGCGCAUCAGCCGUUCAUUCCCACGUUCGGAACAACCGCGCUGAACAUCCUCCAGGAAAAGACCCCCAAAGACACCCUCGUCAUGACGUCCGCGUUCCAGUUCAUCUCCGAGCUGCUCCAACCCGCUACCAACUCGCGAAUACUUCUAUCGGACGCCGAUGCCACCUUCCCCGAGGCGAUCUUCGCCCUCGUCAACGACCUUAUCGUCCACAGCAAGAAGCACCUCAACUCGAUUCCCGUCUAUUGUGCGCUCAUGCUUGGGCCCGCCAUCUGCCGACGGGUGCUCAGCAAGCUGGUCAUGUACCUGGGCAUGUUGUGCGUCAACAUCCGGCGUGAAACGGCACUGAAAAUGUACGAAACGCUGCUCGUGUACGGCGACCAGACGUGCAUUCCCGAGGAGAACCUGGACGAGGUGUUGGCCUGUCUGAGCGAGGAAAAGUGGGACGGUGAGCUGGAGGACGCACGCCGCAUUAGGAACCAGCUGUGCGGCCUGAUGGGCAUCAAGGCACCGGUCGCGAGGGUUAAGAAGUGAGGAGAAACGCUUGGAAUGCACUAUCUACUAACGCUUACUAAACAGAAAUUAUUUAGAUGUUACGCUUGACGGAAUGGCCUUACGUUUGUUGGCGAAACAGAAUGCACGUUUGAGUAUUAAAAAUGCUUGCUAACCACUA